UGUACGUUUCGAACUAGUCGAGAAUUUGCUUCAAUUGGAUCCCCAAUUCAGAAGUAUGUAAAUACGCCUUAAACUUUAUGUAUCUUAUAUAAAAAUAUGUGAUAUAUUGUGUAGGCACUAAACUCUAGCUUAACUACUUUUUGUACUACAUAUAAUGUAUGUCGCAUUACUCUCCCAAUAGUCAGCAUAAAUUAUCAUAUUAUUAACUAUUAAAUAGCAGCUGUAUAUGAUGCAUAAUUCAUCAUCACAUUGUGUGCUAUUUAAAAUAAUUUUCAAUGCAAUAUCUCAUAUAGCAGUUCUGAUUAUUGUUUGAAGAACAAACUAAAUAAGAAUGAUACCUUAAUAUUUUAUAAUUGUAUUACAAGUGCAAAUUUAUGUACACUUACUAUAUUGAUAGCUACUGAAUAUUUUAUAUAUUCAUUAAUAUAUUAUUAUAUAAUAUAUAUAAUAAUAAUAUAUUCAUUGAUUAAUAAUUCUUUAAUAUAGGUUUUUAAUAUAAGUAUAUCUUGGAAAAAGAAGUGCAAAGUAUAAUAUCAACGACAUUUUAUUUUAUUUAAUUUUCAUGCUUUUAACAAUGUUAUAAUUUUUAGUGAUUAUCGAGUAAACAGAAAUGUUAAAGCUAGACACAGCAUCACAGCGAGCUUUAAAUGAUUGUAAUACUGGUCAAUAUUAUAUAUGUGAUAAAAAUCUCAUAUAUAAUAGAAACUAGUGAAAUAAAGAAAUAUAUAUUAAUGUAAUUCUCUUGUUUCAUUUCCAAGAGAUCUUUGCCGUAAUCGACUCGGCGAUUGAACUUUGAUCUCUUGUGUGUCAUACGCAAUGUAUAUAUGUGACAUGUAGAAUUAAUCGCGUCUUUAGAUAAAAGGAACUCCAGUACGUAUUCUAUUGUGAGUAUUUGGAAAAGAAUAGCUGUGCGUCGAGUUAUUUUGAAAUUUCCACGAUAUCGAUCGUCGCCGACAUUACAAAUAUAAAUAUAGUUUAUUUUAAUUAAAGUCGCUACUUAGGCAUAGCAUGUUUUCUACGUGGAAUUAAAGUAUUGUUUUGUGAGAGAUGUUAUCCAUCCCUCGGAAUUUCUAUCGCCUGUCAACGGUGGAUCGAAUUUUGGAGCGGUCCAAUAGAUUUAACUAUAGGCCAAAUUUUUUGGUAUUUCUACGUUGUAAAUCAGACAAUGCAGUUAUCACUAUUGGUGAUGUAUCAAAAGAAGUGAGACCAGCGAACAAUCCAGAGUAUGUUCCAAGAAAGUAUUUGUUAAAUACACAAUCUCAAGAAACACUGAGACAUCUAAAAUGGAUGCUUCAGAAAGAUAUUUUACAUCAAGAUAUGUUUUUGAUGGGCGGACCUGGUGCGCGUAGACGAGAGCUCGCGCUAGCCUUUCUGGAGCUAACCGAUCGUGAAUUGGAAUUCAUUGCACUUACCCGUGAUACCACAGAAGCAGAUUUAAAGCAGAGAAGAGAGAUCAAAAGCGGCACUGCAUAUUAUCAUGAUCAGAGUGCCGUAAGAGCCGCGACCAAUGGACGAGUUCUCAUAAUCGAAGGUGUGGAAAAGGCGGAGCGAAACGUGUUGCCUGUGCUAAAUAAUUUAUUAGAAAAUCGUGAAAUGCAUUUAGAAGAUGGUAGAUUUCUUAUCCCGGCAUCUCGAUACGACAAAUUACUAAAGAUGCACACUCAAACAGAAUUAGACGCGUGGCGUCUCGUGCGAGUCAGCGAAGAUUUCAUAGUAAUAGCACUCGGUCUACCGUCACCACGAUACCCUGGGCAUUCGUUAGAUCCUCCUCUCAGAUCUAGAUUUCAGGCCCAUCACAUUCCACCGCCGACAUUUGAGGAACAAUUCGAGAUCUUGAGAAAUUUAGCGCCUAACGUCGACUCUGGAAAAUUAUCGCAAUUGUUAUCGUGCGCUCACGCAUUAAUUACUCAAGAAGCGAUCACCAUAGGCUUGCCAGAUUUUCCUUUGGACAGUUUGUCAUCGGCCGCUUUAAUUCUGGAGAAAAGCCCCGUCUUAUCGAUGUACGACGUCUUCUAUAGGUGUUAUCCGUAUAAACUUUUUUUGGGUAAAGAAGGUCAGAAUGCCGUCGAGGAUAUUCUUAGAACGUUUAACAUUUUGAGUGAUUCCAAAAAGAAGCAGACUACUGUUAGUAGUCAAAUUGAUGCUACGAAGACAGCUGAUGGUUUUUUGGAGAUCAACAUAAAGCGCAAUAAUGGGCAAGCAAAUUUUCACGUUUCUUGCGGCACGAGCCAAUCUAGUAGCGUAAAUAAUGAUCUGUAUGUAGAGACUAAUUAUCAGAACAAUUUGUUGGCGAGCAUGUUGGAGUCUCACUUGGCGUCCGAUUUCUGCUUGAUCGGACCGAAGGGCUGCGGCAAGUCCACUACCGUUCGACGGCUCGCUGAUUUAUUAGGGUAUCAAGUGGAGCCAAUAGUACUCUAUCAGGAUAUGACGUCCAGAGAUCUGAUACAACAACGGACCACAUCCCUUAACGGCGACACAGUCUGGAGAGAUUCACCGCUGGUCGACGCGGCUCUCAACGGCAAAUUAGCCGUGCUGGAUGGUAUUAAUAGGAUUCAUUCUAGUACUUUAGCUAUACUGCACAGAUUAGUCCACGAUCGGGAGUUGCAGCUACACGAUGGUAAGCGAAUCGUACGAGCCGAUCGUUACGACGAGAUAAAGAGAGAAUACAAUAGAUCCGACGAGGAGAUGCGCGAUCGUGGUGUUUUGCGAAUUCAUCCCGCUUUCAGACUGAUAGCCUUGGCUGAGCCGCCGGUUGUCAACAGUUCAUCCGGGCAAUGGUUGAAUUCCGAGCUGUUGAGCUUGUUUCUCUUCCAUGAGAUGAAGCCGCUCGAUAAGCACGAGGAGAUUCAUAUUAUCCGGUCGAAGUUUGGAGAGCCUAGCCGAGCGUUGUUGAGUAUCAUAGAAUUGGCGCACGUCCUGCGCUCGUCCGAGGAUCCGACUCUACAGUCUCUUGCCGGUUCGCUGAGUACUCGGCAGCUUUUGCGAAUCGCCGAGCGAAUGCACAGAUUUCGGUGCAACGACGCCUACAACGCGGUGCAACGCGCGUGUCUGGCGCGCUUCUUGCCGGCGAUCGCGAAACAGGCUCUCGAGGACUGUUGUCGUCGACUGAACAUCGUUCUUCCGAGAUCUGCCGCGGAGGAUUCGGAGGUUGCGUGCACGAUCACGAAGGAUACCGUGAGGAUCGGCGACACCGUCGUAGACCGAUAUCGCACCGCGUUUCUGAGCAAAGUACCCGACAUCGUGUUUUACGACGUGCCGGAGCAUGUCGCGCUCUUGGAGCGGUUACUGCAGGACUUCAGCCUGGGGCAGAAUCUUCUGCUGGUCGGUAAUCAGGGUGUCGGCAAGAAUAAGAUCAUGGAUCGAUUGUUGCAGUUGCUAAAUCGGCCACGCGAAUACAUACAGUUGCACCGGGACACGACCGUGCAAACUUUGACCCUGCAACCGAUGGUCAGAGACGGCAAAGUUGUUUAUGAAGAUUCGCCGCUCGUGCAAGCGGUUAAACUAGGCCACGUUCUUGUCAUCGACGAGGCGGACAAAGCACCCACGCACGUGACGUGUAUAUUGAAAACCUUAGUGGAAUCGGGCGAAAUGAUUCUGUCGGAUGGUAGGCGAAUCGUUUCUCGUACCAGUGACAACGCACGCGAUUCAAACAGUAUUCCUAUGCAUCCGGACUUUAGAAUGAUAGUAUUGGCAAAUAGACCGGGCUUCCCGUUCUUGGGCAACGAUUUCUUCGGCGCUCUGGGUGAUCUAUUCAGUACGCAUUCAGUUGAUAAUCCGAGUAUACGAAGCGAGAUUCAGCUCUUGAGACAAUAUGGCCCACAUAUAGACGAACAGACGAUACAUAAAUUAGUGAAGGCUUUCGGCGAGCUGAGAAGUAUGGCCGAUCAAGGUCUAGUGUCGUAUCCUUAUUCGACUCGAGAAGUGGUUAAUAUAAUUAAACAUUUAGAGAAAUUUCCGAACGAAUCGUUAGCUACUGUAGUGCGCAACGUCUUUGACUUUGAUCGAUAUAGCCAAGAAGUAUAUGAUACUUUGAUAACUGUGCUUCAUAAACAUGGGAUCCCCGUUGGAACGAGUCCAACCAAUGUUGCCUUAGCUAAAGAAAUAUCUUUACCUGAGAUGAAGAUCUGUGGUAGUUGGAAAAUUUCGAACGCAUUCCAAAAUAUACCUGCUCAGGAAAGAUAUGUUAAGUUAAAGUCACCGACAUUUCCGGCGCAAAACGACCGAACUCUAGAUCGAGUUGAAGCCAGAUCGGCUUGGUUCACGGAACUACAAAGUUACUGGACAAUACCCAUUAGCGAGAAUAGUACAGUGACCGCUUUAGUGGUUGCGAACGGAAGUAAAGGGGAUGGUACGGACGACAGAAUACACGUUCUCACCACGAAUCCUUUGAGUAUAUUUAGCAUAUCGCCGGAAUCGGAGCAAAUUCGCGAGACGUCGUUACAAGGCUUGAUAAGCCCCGCUAGAGGCAAUAUGCCAUUUUAUAAUGUCGCGGUUGAUAAUCUUGGGGAUGUUAUAGUACAUGAAGAAACCAGUAAUUCCAUGCUCAUGGUAAACAUAAACGAGGGUUCCGUACGAGAAUUACAGAUUUCAUCUUUUUUGGAUGUUGCCAGCGAUAGAUUAUCAAAUGCUUUCAGAAGUAAAACUCCUCAGUGGAAGAUGAAGACAGAUUUACUGUCGUCGCAUAAUCUGAUUGUCUUAUAUACGCAAAACCACAACAAAAUCGAAGCUGUCAAUUUACAAAAUAUGUGCGCUUACUCGAUGAAUUUAUCGUGUAAUAUCGAAUCGGUUUUACUCGCAUCCGAUAGAAAAUGGUUAAUUCAGGAUACGUCGAAGAAUAAAUACGUUCUCAUGAAAUCCACGAAUUCGGAUCCAUGCCCUAAUAUCUUGCAUGAAUUGGAAGAGUCUAAUAGCACCGAUCUCAAAACCGGUAGCGUUUUGAAUUGCGGUAGAAGCGGUCUGCACAAAACAGAGCUGAGCAAAGCUCUUCAACAGAAGAUAGACUCUCCGAACCGAUUAUUAGUGACCGAUAAUACAUAUGCCGGCAUUGUAAUAGGUUUCCCGGAUUUGGACAGUUCCAACGAUCUGCAUUUUUGGCCGAGAAAGGAAAGAACGCGUAGCUUUAUAACGCCUAUCAUUACGCAGAACGGACAAGUGAUCAGAACGAUUUCGCCCAGUCAGGUACCCGAUGAAGUUUAUCCGAAGGAUAGAAAACAUACAGGAAUCUCCGCUUAUUUAGAGAUAGUCGAUACAGUAAAUCACAAACUACGAUAUUUACCUAUUCCGGAACCGGUUAAUGUCUCGCCAUUGACACAAUGGCUAUAUACGAAGGACCUUCCGCUUUAUGCGUCACUUACAUCGAACGAAGGUCUCGUCACAAUAGACGCCGGUGGCUGUGUACGUUUAUGGGAGACAUCAAUCACGAAUAUAGAAAAGUCAUUGGGCGCUUGGCGCAAAAUGAUAGGCACCGACGAGGAGAAAGUACAGAUUACCAAAGAGAGAUAUUCCGGACAGGAUGUCACCGACCCGAAGCACGGCAAGGUCGAUAAAAAUAACGAACCACACGUAGGUGGCAAUACCUGGGCCGGGGGAACCGGAGGUCGAGAUACGGCAGGUUUAGGCGGAAAGGGAGGACCGUAUCGACUGGAUGCUGGACACACGGUGCAUCAACUCAGUGACGAAGAGAAGAACGCGGUGCCGGAACAUGUAAAGAAGGCUGCUCGCGAGAUGGGCCUUCGCGCAUUUAAGCAGCGGCUCAAGGAUAUAAAAAUGAGCGAAUACGACCAUAAGUUGUAUAGUCAGUUUAGCGACGCUGUUCAUAAUCAAGUGCAGGCCUUGAGAGUCGUAUUAGGUACGCUGCAGGCCAAGAGCAACGAGCGACAAUGGUGCAGGCAUCAGACGUCGGGCGAACUGGAUGAUACGAAAUUAAUCGAGGGAUUAACGGGCGAGAAAACAAUUUAUCGGCGUAGAGCGGAGAAAGAGCCGGAGAUUGGCGCUCCUCAAUUGAAACCGAAGCGAUUGAAACUUGUCGCGGACGUGUCCGGUAGCAUGUACAGGUUCAAUAGUUACGACGGCCGACUGGAUCGCGAAUUAGAGGCCUGCGUCAUGGUGAUGGAGGCUUUCAGCGGCUACGAGGGAAAAUUUCAAUACGACAUUGUCGGUCAUUCCGGUGACGAUUAUCGUAUUGCUUUUGUCGAUCGUACGCAACCGCCAACGGACAAUAAACGAAGGUUGGAAGUGAUUAAGGCGAUGCACGCUCACUCGCAAUUUUGCAUGUCUGGGGAUAAUACCUUGGAAGCGACGCAACAUGCAAUUGCGAGUUUGGCGAAAGAAGAUUCCGACGAGUCUAUUGUAGUUGUUCUCUCGGAUGCGAAUCUCGAACGUUAUGGCAUUCGUCCCGAACGGUUCGCGAAAGUAUUGAUGUCUAAUGUGGAUGUGAAUUCCUACGCUAUUUUCAUUGGAUCAUUGGGCGAUCAAGCAAACAGAUUGAUGAAAAAGAUGCCUUCUGGUCGCGCAUUUGUGUGUAUGGACCUUAAAAAUAUACCACGAAUUUUACAGCAGAUAUUUGCCGCUUCGGUUUUAAGUACGCGGUCGACUUAACGCGGAUUAUAAUUAGUCGGAAUAAUUUUGUAAAAAUAUAAGGUGUUUUUAUUUAUAUAAUUACCAACAUAGGAUUAAUUAUUAAUUUUUUUGGGAUACAUAUUUUUAUAUAGCACACAAUCAUGUUUAUAUAAUUAUUAUAAAUUUAUGUAAAUAAAAAAUUUCCAAUUUUGGACAUAUUUACAAAUCUCACAAUAGCACAGCUUCAGUAUAACAAACUUGUAUCA